AUGGUAGUUGCCUCUGGUGCCGCCUUCACUGAGAAGCAGUACCAGGACCGUUUCGUCGACUGGAUGAUCGAGCAUGACGUCAAGUACGCUGCCAACGAGUUUGCCCAGCGUUUCACCAUCUUUAAGAGCAACAUGGACUUUGUCCACGACUGGAACUCCAAGGGAUCCGAGACCAUCGUUGGUCUGAACCGCAUGGCCGACCUCUCCAACGCAGAGUACCGCCGCAUCUACCUCGGUGGCAAGUUCACAAAGAGAUCCGCCACCAACACCUUUGUUGCCCCCGCUGGCCGUGUCAACGACGCUGCCGUCGACUGGAGACAAAAGGGUGCUGUUACCGGAAUCAAGAACCAGGGCCAGUGUGGCUCGUGCUGGUCCUUCUCCACCACUGGUGCCGUCGAGGGUGCUCACUUCAUCUCGACCAACAACCUCGUCCCACUCUCUGAGCAGAACCUCGUCGACUGUUCCACCAACGAGGGCAACUCUGGUUGCAACGGUGGUGAGCCAAGCGCAGCCAUGGACUACAUCAUCUCCAACGGAGGUAUUGACACUGAGUCCUCAUACCCAUACACUGCCUCCCAGGGAAGCUGCAACUACGACCCAUCCAACUCUGGCUCCACCUUGAGCAGCUACGUCAAUGUUGCCUCUGGUUCCGAGUCUGGCCUCGAGUCUGCCUCCAACCAAGCCCCAGUCUCUGUCGGAAUUGAUGCCUCGCACAACUCCUUCCAGUUGUACACUGGCGGUAUCUACUACGAGCCCCAGUGUUCUACAACCGAGCUCGACCACGCCGUCCUCGUCGUUGGUUACGGAAGUGGCAGUCUCCCAGCCUCUGGUUCGUCGACCUCCCCAUCAGGAAGCAUCUCCUCAUCUGGAUCUGGUGGCGCCUCCACCUCUGGUGGAUCAUCCUCAUCGGGUGGCUCAUCGGGUACCUCCUCUGGUUCCUCAUCCACUGGUCAGACCUCAUCGGGUGGCUCCUCCUCUGGCACCUCAUCCUCUGCUCAGUCUGAGGAGGUUGGCGCAUCUGGAACUUCAUCAGGUUCAGGCUCAUCAUCCGGUGGCUCAUCAUCAGGUGGCUCUUCAUCAGGUGGUUCCUCAUCUGCCUCCUCUGGCUCCACUACCACCCCAUCAUCCGGUUCAUCUGGCUCCUCUUCCACUGGAGGUGGCAAUGGAAACUACUGGAUCGUCAAAAACUCAUGGGGAACCACAUGGGGUAUUUCCGGAUACAUUUUGAUGUCAAAGGACAGAAGCAACAACUGUGGCAUAGCAACAAACGCCCUGUACAGUAUUGUGUAG